GACACCCUCUCCCUUGUCCGACAGCUCAUACCCCCAGGAUGGGAACAUCCUAAGACAGAAACUUUUAAGACCCAGACAUUUUAUGAGCAUAUUUUAGUAGAUACAGACUCAAUUUUAGUUACACAUAUGCCUUGUUCCCAGGAACCAAACAGAAUUGGUUAUUCUAAAGUUGUUAUAAAACAGAUUCUAACCCCUUCUCAGUGGAAAGCACAACCCUGGAUCACAAGGAACUUUUCUGUACCUUUUGAGCCCCAGUUUUAUAAUUAUUAUGACUAUAUGGAAGCUUGGGACAGAUUCCUUUUAUUUCAAAAUAAUAUUAACAGGCAUACUUGGUUUUUCCGGUUUGAUAUGUACAGAAAGAAAGACAUGAUGAUUCCAAGAUGGUUCAUUGACUGGUGGAAUUCCUAUGGUCCUGAAGCUAUGAUUCUUCCUCCUGAUCUUUUAAAAGCCUAUGAGACUUUCAAGAAAGAACCUAACAUACUGCAUCUUAGGGAUUUCCCACAUCUUUUACAGUUCUUUUACAGGUUUCCAGAUCUCCCAUGGAUCAUCAGAUGGGAAUACAAGAUAGAAAAGCAUCCCCAGUAUCCUUUUCCUAUGCUCGCCAGAAAGUUUAAAUUAAAAUGGUGGAAUAAGUUUAAUUUUGAUCAUAUUUGCCAAGAAUUACAGAAAAAGACCUCGUCCUCCCAGACAGAAAGUUCUAAUUUCUUUUUAGAAAAGAGUCAAGUUCAAUGCCAGCUUGCCUCUGUUUCAGACAGAAGACAGCUCAAAAAGCAACUGCUUGAAGCUGCAUCACAAAUAUCAGAUGAUGAAGAUGACACAGUAAUGGAAUCCUCUUCUCCAAACUACAGAACUCAUCCAGAAGCAUUUCAAGAUUCCCAAGACCCCUAUGACAUGUGACGGAUAAGACAAAAGACAGAGAGAUGCAAAAGAAGACAAAAGACAGACCGACAGACCAAAAGAUAAAAUGAUAGAAUGCAGACAGACCAGAAAGAUAUUUUAGCAGAAUAUUUUCGUACGCAGAUUCUCACAGACAGAAAAGUUACUAUUCACCAGCAUGCGUACCCAGACAGACUGCCAAAUAGACUUUUACUGUUCAAGAUUCUACCGACAGAUAGACUAUUACUGUUCAAGAUAGACUUUUACUGUUCAAGA